AUGUCCCUGUUCACAGCGUUAAAUUUUACGCCAGAUGAAGCUCUCCAGGAGGAAGAGCAUCACUCUCGUGAGCUGCAGGUGGAAGAAAGCUUUAAGGUCUACCAAAGCGCUUUGCUACACCUGAAGGCAAAGAGAUUCGAGCAGGCGGAGGAAAAAUUCAAGGAACUGUUCAGCAUAGAUGUUAUUAAACCAGAUAGGUGGGGCCAGUACAAAUAUCGCACUGCAAUAUUAGAAUCUCUUCGAUAUCUCGCAUAUCGUAAUCGCGGUGUCUUUUACUAUCAAUUUUUGCAGGACAAAUACGACACUCUUGAGCCGCAUGAUAUCGUAGAAUACACUUUGCGUACCGUGGAAAAUCUGCUGGAUGCUUUGCAACACGGAGAUUCUGAUUCUGCAGUGUCGAGACUUUUGCUGGAAAGUUUCAUGAGCUUUGAUAGCCCGAAACUGCAGCGCCUUAUACUCGAGUAUGAACUUGUCAAAAAUACAGAGCUGACUACGGCUUUGCAGCGACGGGUCUCUGUGCUUCCUGAAUUUCGUGGCUUCAUCCUUCGCUAUAUGCAACUUCUCAAUGAUCUGCACGAUGGAUCUUCAUUACAAACGGGUUUCGUGACGCAAUUGGAUCGAUUUAUCGAUUCGAAACCUCAGGGACCUGCUCAAUUGCCUCCUUUUCUUUCACAAAUACAGCAGAUGAGAGCCGAGGAUAACAUCAAUUUGAAAGAGCCAAACGUAGUGAGCGUGGAGAUUAAUGAGAUCAGCUGGGAGGCUGUAGCAGAAGCCAUCACAUCUUUUCUACCAAAGUAUAAAUCGUCCAACUUCUUCAGUCGAAAUCCUGAUCCGUAUAAUGAAGCAGAAGAGCCUUUGGAGCACGUCAAGUUUAUUUUCAAGGAAGCCGACAACGAGCCGGCACCAAUUGAAGAGUCGCAAAUGAUACCAAAAACUAAAGAUUUGGCUAUCUCCGAGGCAAGUACCGAGGGGGGGGCUAAAAAAAGUGAAGAGGAAUCGACAAUAACGCUUGGAGCUGAUGACCAAGCUAAUGCAAACAAAAGGUCGCUGGAAUCAGAAGAAGGUGACAAGCCUUCGCAAAGGUCUAGUAAGCGGUUCAAGGAAAAGCCUCCCGUAGUAGCCGGCAUUAGAACUUCGGACGAGCAUGAGCGCUUCUUCAAUUUGCUCAACGAUAUUGCUACAAGUCUUGAUUUCCCGUUCAACUUGAGCGUGGAAAGAAUGGGUCCGUCGGAUCUUGACCAGGAGGCACCAGAAUUUUGUGCAAUGUCCGAUUUUUACGAAUGCCUUCGUUCAUGGACAAACAAACAUAGCGAAUUUUUGAACCAGACGGACACGAAAAAUUCGAAAAAUGCGGAGAACGAAGGUGAGGAUUCGUUCCAGCUCAAUGCGCUUAUAAGAACAAGUGUAUUAUCUGGAGACAACUGUCCAAUCGAGUCACUCACAGAUUUACCCGCGGACGAGAUACAUGCUUUUAUUAAUAAGACGAACACGGAUAAUCAGCAUUUUCAGGAAGUGAGACUUAGAUUACUGGAUGUUUUACUGACCACAUGCUCUGAUGGAAGGUGUUUGAUCGUCGACACGUUUUGGAGUCCUUUACUUUUUAAAGCCGUGGAAUCUCUCGUUAUGAGCCUAGAAGGCAAUUUACAUUGCAUGAUGACCGAAGACAAUCCUGCCAUGCUUUCCCUUGGACUUGCUGUUUACGAGAUACUUGUGAACAUGAUGGGCAAUAUAUAUAGCGGUAUCAAUGCGAAGAGGCUCCAGGGCCAGAAAAUUAAUGAGCUCGAGACUCAAAAGAAUAAGCUGGAAAGGAAGAUAAGCAUUUGGAGUUUCCAAUUUCAAGAUGUACUCAUACAAGAUGAACGCUCCCGUUUUCGAUUUUUAUGGGCGAAAUUCUGCUCUCUUCAGUAUACAGUCGGUGUUGCGGACGAUGAGCUCAUUGAUAGUCUGCAAGAAAUAGAGGCAUUGAUUGAAAAGCAUGCACCAACAGUGAAUGUCCCAUAUUCUAAUUACGAUACCAUUCCGCAGCUGAAUUUAAAAGCUGUGCAAAGUCAGCUAUCCAGAUUGAGAAUUGUGCGAAAGAUUACAUCUAUUGACAUCAGUGCUUCGAGUCAGAACAAUAACGCCGCUACAGAACAGCAGAUGGAACUAAUAAAAAAUGCUUUAGUCUUUGAAGACAGCAUGAGCGCCGAACCUUUGGAGGGGGAUUCGAUGGAAGUUUUUUUGAGAAACUCUCCCUUUCUCCUUAAAGUGAAGCUAUGGCGACUAUUGAUAUCUUAUUAUAGUCGCAGGGAUAUGAACCUCGCCGUUUCCAUUUUUUUCAGAAUUCUGAACAUUUUAUAUGGGAAGGUAUGUUCUCCAAAUUAUAGAGCGCAAUCACAUUUGCAGCGACAACAGACUCUUUUACUCACGAUAAGUUGUGUGGGCGGCUUCACAAGGGAGAUUCUCGAUCUAAGUUCGGAAGAGCUGGAGGCGAAAGUAAUACAUGAAACAGAACUAAAAUCGGGUCUUUUGAUCAUUUUGAAGUGGGUUAAACUUAUCUAUCCCAUCAUAUUUUAUGAGAGUCUUUGCCAAAAGGACUUCACGUUGAAAUCAUUUUUCAGCAAAGCUGUGAAAUCGUCAGGUAAGCUAAAGAACAUUUUUACGGACCUCAUUACAUCCACAAUCCACUUUUGCCAUAUUUUAGACAAAAGCAGUUCGAGUGCGAUGAAGCGACAACUUGGAUUGACGGAUUUAAUCGAAACCUCUCACGAACUAUUGGGCGGCUUCAAGUUCUGUGAUGCGUCCAAUGGAUCCUACCUCAAUUUUGCAGAGCAGAUCUUGUGUGAUCAGAGCGACGAAGAGGGGUUCAAGCAAAUUAGACAAGUUCUUUGGUGUCAAUAUCAUUUCAUUGUCAGUGGCGAAAAUAGCACGGUGAAGCAGCAUGACACGAAGGGAAAAGAAAUGAAUCCUAAAAGCGCUGUAGCUGCUGGUAAAUUUCUGAUCGAUUCUCACUACAAAGACCGAAAUCUUUUGAUUGCAUGUGGAAAUAAGACGAACUUAAAGCAGGUACUUGAUAAUAUCAUUCAAGUGAUUGGCGAAGUUGACGUUUCUAGCAACCACAUAUUAUCUCGUAACGACUUUUUUUUGGACCAAUACCUGAAGUCAAUGAUAACAACCGACCUGUUCAGAACCGCUUACAGUGGAGAAAUUUCUAUCGAGCUUAUCAAGCCAAACGAUUCAUUGCAAAGCGUCGCUGACACUGGUAUUUUUUACGUCGCGGCAAUUCAGGCUUUGAACCUUUACAAAGUACGGAAGAAGGCCACGCAAGCGCGACCAUCCGAGUUGGACUUUAUCAUUACGACGCUCAAAACCGACAUACUUUACAAGACAGACCGUUUCGAAAGUUGGUUCUUACUAGGCAAAUGUUAUUCUUUCCGUGUGGAGGAUGACCUUAUAUGGACUUCUGACAAGCUGGCGACGCCCGAAAAAAGAAAAGGCACGACGGAACUUCAAAGGAAGUCGAUCUUGUGCUACCUCAUGGCUUUGGGGAUCGCGAUGCAACAAAGCCACAAUAGUAUGCUUGACAAUGAGCUUCGUGAUUUCCAUCAAAUAUUAAAGGAGCUUCUCGAAACUCUGUCAGAAGAAUUGCUCAAUGGAUUUUUGAAGCCUAUGGAAAAGUCAUGCUUCGAAUGGGAAUCACCUGUUGCCAUGAAAUUGAAGCCCGAUGGAGAAGUAUGCAGUCGGUCUUCUCCGAUUGCUCGAACUGUCAGUGACUAUAACGUUGAACAGGCCAUUAUUGUUGGCCUGUCGAAGGCGAUCCAAAUAGAGAAGGUUCAGAUGGGGCUGCAAGGGUCUCAGCGCAAUUGGAAAAAUUUCUACUAUUUUGCGAAGAUCAUAUUCAAAAGGAGUAUGCAGGAAUUCAAAUUUGCAGGUCUAGAUGUGCUUUUAGAGGGAUGUAGCUUGUCACAAGACAGUUCCCACACAAAAGAUAUGAUAUUUGAGCCACAUUACUUUCUGGUUACUUCGUGCUUCAAAUUAGUGGGAAAGAGAAUCAUCUCACCGCAAGAUGCCCUUAACUUUUUGCGUCAGGACAACAGUGUUUUCAAGAAAGAAGACCUCUUUUGGGGAUUCGAAGCAAGCGGGGACAAUAGACAGCUUUUUUACGAGAAAAUCUUGGACUUGCUACGGACUUUGGUGACCCUGGACAAGAUGAAGUGGCACCAUCGGCCCAAGUAUCGGAUCGCUAGAAUUCUUUUUGACCAACUUGGUGACCUAGACGGUGCUAUCACAGAGAUGCACGAGAUAAUGUUUUUGAAAAGCUCUAAUAAAAGUUUGGUAAACAUAUGGAAACCCGAAUUUGAGCGUCCCGGGAAGCACUUCAUUUACACAUACCAAUACGUGAUGUUUUACUUGGAUCUGUUAUACUGUCGCCAUGAUUAUUCGAGUAUCGCAUUAGUUGCCAAAAAACUGAAAAAAUUCGGAGCGAGCAUGGUCAACGUUGGAUUGGCAAGUGAGCGGGCGCUACGGCUCUUCUCCCAAGCCGUUCAGCACAAAUUUGACGUCAACGAAAAGCAGGCAUUGGAGAAAUUGCUUCCUGCUUUAAACUAUGCCCAAUUUAUCAAGUACAGCGACGAAAUAUUUCAAACCUUCGAUCGCGCUAAAUAUGACCCAGACUUUCUCACCACACUAGCACACGCUGUACAUCUCAAGAAGGGCAACAGCGGGUACGACGGAAUAUGUAUGGCUCUCUAUUUCUCGUACAUUUACCAGCCGUUCGUGUCAGAGAAAACGGAAGCGGGUCAAGAAAAUGUCACAAUAGUUAUGAUUGCACCAGCCAAAGCAGCCGAAGGUCAACCAGAAUCAACCAGCACGAAGUCCAAGACCGUCUCAAGCCGGAAAAAGGUCAGUAAAAAGGAUGCAUUUGACAAGAUAAGCGCACUGGUUGAGAAAAAGAUUACAUGA